AUGUUUCAAACCGCAUUAAAACGUUUUCUAGUGUUGCAAAAAAUCAAGCCGUUUCAGGCGCCGGUUUCGGCACAAAUUAGAAAAAUUCACGUGACAUCGAAUUUAAGGCAUGGGGAAUAUGAAUGGCAAGAUCCCAAGUCUGAAGAUGAGGUUGUGAACAUAACUUAUGUAGACAAAGACGGAAACAGAAUUAAAGUGAGAGGGAAAGUAGGUGAUAAUGUAAUGUACUUAGCACAUAGGCAUGACAUUCCCAUGGAAGGAGCCUGUGAAGCAUCACUAGCUUGCACAACAUGUCAUGUCUAUGUUCCACCAGAUUACUUUGAUAAACUACCCGCAUCAGAAGAGAAAGAAGAUGACUUACUAGAUAUGGCUCCAUUUUUGAAAGAAAACUCUAGGCUAGGUUGUCAAAUAACGCUAACCAAAGAUUUAGAAGGCAUGGAAGUACAGUUACCGAAAGCAACCAGAAACUUUUAUGUGGACGGACACAAACCUAAACCGCACUGA